GAGUUUGUCUGGAGGGGGAAUAAAGGUGUCCUGAUGGGAGAGGAGUUUUGGAGGCAAAAGGAAAUUCUGACAUAAAAAUACGCGUCAUGAUUCCAAAAAUAACACCGCUCUGGUUGGGCUUUUGGCAUUUCUACAGCCUACUUCACGUUCAGGAUUAUACUAAAAUGUUUUUGAGCUGAAAGAAGUGGGGAAAAAAGAAUUUAAAAAAGAAGAAAGGAAGAAUUAACUGCUUGUGCUGCUUUUGGAAACAGAUUUCAGCAGAUGACAAUUUUGGGGACAACUUGACAAGCUGCUAUUUUAAACCUGAGGAUUCGAGUUUCUCUUUUUUUUUUUGCUAAGGAAUCUGUCUUUGCCCAAGAUGUGGCGCUCAUUUGUGGAGAGUUGAAGCGCAGUCUGGAGCGAUGCGAUGAUGAUGCGAUCCGUCACUGGUUCACACUCGACACCGACACCGAACUGGAGCGCCACGACACCGAACAACAGAAUGAGCGGGUCGAACGUACUGACUCUGUUACUCAUGAUAGUGCGCCUCGGGGCCGCGGAGCUUCUGUCAGGUUUGCGUUUCAUGGAGAGCCCUAAGAACGUGACCUCCUCUCUUGGGAAGCUAGUGGCUGUUCAGUGCAUCCUGCGCGUAGACGGCGAGGGCCAGGGGCCCCUGGAUGUGCUCUGGCUGAAGGAGGGACAGUCGCUGGAGUUUGCAGACACCAACCAGAUGCAGCUCCCUGUAGAUGAGAACAGCUGGCUGGUUUUUAGUGAACUCAAGAUAGAGGCGGUACAGCUCUCAGAUAUGGGCGCCUAUCAGUGUGCGGUUUCAUCUGGUGAAGAGGAGGCAUUAUCCAUGGAGGGAUACAUCCAACUAGAGGGUCUCCCUCAUUCCUCGGUAGACCCGCAGCAUUUGUCAGUCGUGGCUAACGAAGAGCUGAGUGUACGCUGUGUGGCUCACGGUCCUCCUGAUCCCGUGCAGGUCAUCUGGCUUCAGGACGGGGCUCCUCUCAAUAACCUGGGUGACCCGAUAUCCCUGUCGCCCUCAACCCUCAACAUCUCAGUGGAGAAGAGCGUUUCACCAUAA